AUGACUGCCGAUUAUAUGUGGGAUAAAGAAUCAAAGUUAAGCUUUGAGCGUGGCAAAGUCUCGAAAGAGGAAGUGAAGCCAGUAAUCAAAGUUGUAAACCUUCACUCAAUGUUGAUGGUGUUCACCGAACCAGAAGAUGAGGGCCAUGUUCACUUCGAGUUGCGAGUGUGUGAUCAAUGGGCUCCUAUGGGCGACUACGAGGAUACAGACACGUUACUUGUGAAAGCGUACAAGUUGUCGGAGAUUCCUGAGCGAUUACAUUGGGCAAACUCGAGAUUUAUGAGUGGUGUCGUGUUGCUCACGAAACCAGGAACCAGUAUAAUUACGCGAGAACUUUCAUCGGUUCCGUCUGCGACCGACCAGUCACGUGAGGCGAAGCAAACCGGCGGUUGGGAUCCUGAUGCUACGCAAAUGCGAGGCAUUUUCAUGGCCAGAGGCCCAGCUUUCAAAGUCAACGAAAAAGUUGGACCUGUUGAUAUAGUCGACAUUUAUCAGACUUUGCUAAACAUUUUGGCAGUAGAACCAGCACAUUCCCACAAUGGAACGUGGGCGAAUGUUGAAGGUAUGCUGGCGAGUGGCUGGGAAGAACGGCCGAACAGCGACAGAUUUAACGACGUUUCACAAAUUUUCUGCUCAUUCAUAGUGAUCAUAUUAGCUUUCAGAGUAUUAUAUUGA